AUGCAAUCCCAAGGUGUCCCCGCCGGUGAACAAACGGCUCUGGUCCUCCUCGAUGCUGGAAGAUACGCAUCUUCCCCUGCCGCUGUCCAGGAUCAAAAAGUGAGGGAAGGGUUUGAAGAUCUUACGAGGGUGAUUCUGGAAGGAGGCUAUGGAAUUAAGAGGAGGGAUGUGGGGGGAUUGGGGUUGGGAUGGGAAGGAUUGAAAGUGGAGUUACCGACGCAAGUGAAAUUGGCGGUGAUUGAGAUGAUGGGCCGGGAAGGAAAUCUGUGGGGGAUGAUCACAGCUUUUGAGAGGAUGUACCCCGACCUUCCGGUUCCCUCUCUAGCCUCCGCGUCAGCCAUCACUUCCACCUCCACUAUGAUGGCUACCACUGCCUCUGUGGUGGGAGAGCUCCAAGAAAACGUGAUGGAGGCGGAAGCGACGACGGCAAAGUUGACCCCGGAAGAAGUAAUAGAAGAGGAGAUCCCGACGUUGAGCAGUAUGAUGGCCAGAGAACGGGCUGCAAGAGCUGGGAGGGAUUGGUUAGGUCGGGCUCGUCACUCUGACGCAGACAUCUCCGCCUCGACAUCUGUAUACAUGGCAGAAUCAACAGAAUCAACAGAAACUAUGGAGCUCGAACCACCUUCUCGUCGUCCCUUUUCAGCAUAUUUACCAUCUAUCCCCAUGCCUCUCUCUCUUCUUCCCUCCUCCUCCGAACCAGCCCGCGCUUGCACCAACUUGACCGCCUUUGACGACGCCAACGCAAUCCCACCCGACUACAUGAUCAAAACCAUGCUUCACUACAUCUAUGUCCAUCGUCAUCCCGACCCUGACGCUAUGUUUCACGGCGAACGAGGACGACAAAAUGUGAGAGAGAUGGGGUUGUACGUGUGUAGAGCAGGAUUGAGAUUUGCAGCUUUGGAGCAAGUCCGAUGGUUAAGCCAAGUCGUCGCUUCUUUCUCUUCUUCUACUCCCGCUUCCACUUCCUCUCACCCCAUCGCCAACCCCAGGCCCAAAAUCACUCAACCGAGAAUCCAUCCCAACCCGCUUUGGUUCAACACCACUCUCCGGAUUGUCCUCUCUUCCUCUGGCCGGAAGAAGAAGGCUAUCGCUAAAACAGGGGUGUUGAGGGACGAGAUUGAAGAACUUGAGAGGCGGUUGGAAGAGGAGAUUGGGGUUUUGGAAAUGUUGAGGACCAGCGGAGCGGACGUCGCGAACGUCGUGAGCGCGAGCGCCAGUGGGGAUGAGAACUCUGUGGAUACGUCAGAGGGCCAGCCAAACGACAGAGUCACUUCCACAGCCUCCUUCGCCCCAAACAGUCACAUCAACAUUGACAUCCCAGCCCACCUCGAAUCCCUCCAAACCAAACUUGACCAACUGGCGAGCCUGAAAGAAGAAAUCCAGCAUAGGCAGGAAAUGGUCCUCGCGGUAAAGCGCAGAGCGAAAGAUAGGGCCGCUGAAGCUCAAGCUGCUGAGGCCGCCGCCGAAGCUCAGAGUUUAAUCGAAGCUCGGGCUGAUGAGACUGAGGCCGCUGCGACUGAGAGUGAGAUGGAGACGCAAAUGAAAAUGAAGGAAAAGGAGAAGCGGCAAGGAAAGGAAGUGGAUGUGAGUGGGGUAGCGCUUGCGUAG